GCUUGGCAGCGGCCGAACGGGCGCCCCUGCUUGGAGCGGGCGAGCCGCGCGUUUGUGCUGCGGCGGAGGCGGAAGGAAGCGGGACCCCGGAGCUCGGCGCGGCGAAAGCGGGCGCAGCUGGAAGCCCAGCCGCGGCCGAGUCCUCGCCUCAAGCGGCGUUAGGGGCGCGGACUGAAGAGAUGGAUUCAGCAAACCAGAAGACAAAUAGAAGUGAACAAAAAUCAAGGAAAAUCUUAAAAAGCCUUAUACAGAAGCAGCCUGAGGACCUCCUGCUGAUGAUUGGAACAGGAGUGAGUGCUGCAGUAGCCCCUGGAAUCCCAGCCCUUCACUCCUGGCGGAGUUGCAUUAAAGCAGUUAUUGAAACAGCUGAGCAGUUAGAGGUGUUGCAUCCAGGGGACGUGGCUGAAUUCCACAAGAAAGUGGUCAAAGACCGAGAUUUACUGGUUGUUGCCCAUGAUCUUAUCCGAAAGAUGUCACCCCGCACAGGAGAUGCCAAGCCCAACUUUUUCCAGGAUUGUUUAAUGGAGAUUUUUGAUAAUUUGGAGCAACACCUUCAGAAUCCAGCUGUUUUGCAGUCCAUCCUCCGACUGAUGGAGAGAGGCACCAUGGUGCUUACUACCAACUAUGACAACUUACUUGAAAUUUUUGGUCAGCAACAGGGUAAACCAAUGGAAUCUCUUGACUUGAAAGAUAAGGACAAGGUUCUCCAGUGGGCAAAAGGUCACAUCAGAUAUGGAGUUCUUCACAUUCAUGGCUUGUACACUGACCCUUGUGGAAUGGUAUUGGAUCCUUCAGGAUAUAAAGAUGUAACUCAAGAUCCCAAAGUGAUGGAGGUUUUACAGAACCUAUACCGUACAAAAUCAUUUUUGUUUAUGGGCUGUGGAGAGACUCUGUGUGAUCAGAUAUUUCAGGCGCUCUUUCUCUACACUGUCAAAAAGAAAGUGGAUUUAGAACAUUAUAUGUUGGUGCUCAAAGAAAAUGAAGACCAGUUUUUUAAACUUCAGGCAGAUAUGCUUCUGCAUGGCAUCAAAGUAGUAUCCUAUGGGGAUUGUUUUGAAAAUUUCCCAGCGUAUGUUGAAGAUCUCAGCUCUCAGAUUUGCAAACAGAAAAGUCCAGAUGCUGAACAGGUGGACAGCACAACACUUCUUGGAACUUCGUGUGUAGACCAUGCAAAGAGAUGUUUAGGGGACAGAGACAGAGAUCUCCCUAAGAGAGCAAGGCUACUUGAAAAUGGUACUGCUGAAGAUGCUGUCCUUCCAUGAAUGUCAUAACUUGAGAAGCAGCUAUCUACUAUAAUUGUGCCAUCUGUUUAUACCACAAUAAAAAAUCAGAACAGUAUAUAAAAGGAUCUUUUAAAUUCAUAUGAAUUGAAAGUAGAUGACAGAAGGGAUCCUUUGUAACACAUUCCUAUACAUCAGGAAGUGUAUAUUUCAUGAGUAUUCUAUAACCAAGCCCAAUUUGUUACUACCUCAGGGAUGUAAUUCAUACACUAAAUUGUGACAGGGCACUCAAAUCUGGGUAACAGUAUUUUGUUUUUAUCUGUUUUGAACCUGACAAAUCUUAUUCAACAUAGCAUGUUAAAACUUGCUUUUGUACAUUUUAUAAUUUUCUAAUCAGGAUGUAAUUAGGUGUGUGGCAAUUGUCCAUCUGAAUGAAAUGGGGAUCAUUAAUGACUGUUUUGUGCAUUCAUUUAAAUAAAAAUAUUAAAUAAACUA